AACUUGAGACCCAUUGACCUGAUUCUCAACCAGCUGGUCUUAGCUAACAACUUGGUUAUUCUCUCUAAAGGAAUCCCACAGACAAUGGCAGCUUUUGGAUUGAAACCUUUCCUAGGUGAGGCUGGAUGUAAAGUUGUCUUCUAUUUACACAGAGUGGCCAGAGGGGUUACACUCAGCACGACCUGCCUCCUCAGUGGCUUUCAGGCCACUAAACUUUGCCUAAGUACCUAUCGGUGGAAGAAACUGCAAGUUAUAUCCCCAAAGUGGAUUGUUUUCUGUUGUUUCAUUUGCUGGAUCUUGCAUUUUGUGGUAAAUAUUGCUAUUGUAAGGGAAGUAACUGUCCCAACUAAUAGCAAAAACAUGAGCAUGGAAAAAAUGUACAGAUACUGUUCCUCACCCACUUUAGGGCGAUUGAUAUUCUCAAUAACUGCAGUAGUUUUUGUAGGGAGAUUGAUAUUCUCAAUAACUGCAGUAGUUUACGUGUUCACUGAUACUAUGUUUUGGGGCCUCAUGGUCUGGACUAGCAGCUUCAUGGUCCUUUUUCUGUACAGACACAAGCAGCGGGUACAACACAUUCACAGCAGCAGGCUCUCACCAAGAGCUUAUUAUGAAACUAGAGCCACAUGCAUUAUCCUGAUCCUGGUGAGCAUGUUUGUAUCCUUUCAUGCUCUAUCUGGCAUUUUAUCAUUUUGGAUAACCCAGAUUCAAAACCCAAUCCCUUGGCUGAUAAACUUCUCUUCCCUGGUAUCUUCAGGCUUCCCAACAUUCAGCCCCUUUGUGUUUAUUUUUAGUGAUACCCGAGUCUCACAGUUCAACUUUGCCUGCUAG